AUGAGUUGGAAAAGAAAAAAGGCUCUUUCAGAAGCACAACUUCAAGAAGAUCCAGAAAACCCUCCAUUAAAACUCGCGUCGGUAUGUACUUUCGCAUUGCUUGUUUCUUCACACUUCACAGUUUAUUAAAAGAUUUCUGUUUGCAUCAUAUGACAAUGUUUUCCUUUUAGAUGAACGGCUUAGCUUUGACUUUUGCGUUUGUUUUAUUUUAAUUUUGUCUUUUUGUUUCUUUAGGAAUGCUCAACUCGUUGGGGAUCUACCCACAAGAUGAUUGCGAGAGUCCUAAAGAAUAAGAAGGCCAUUCGUCGUGUACUUGGUGACGACAGGGACACGGCUCACUUGGUGCCAAAGUGGCAAGACAUUGAAGUCUUGGAAGCAGUCGAUGCCGCUCUUGCACCCCUUGCUGAUUUCACCGACAUCAUGAGUGGAAGCGAAUAUGUGACAAUAUCAGCGCUCACACCAAUCCUUCGUCGGCUCAAAAACGAAGAACUCGCUGCAAAGAAUGGAGACCUGCCAAUGACCGUGUCCAUUAAGAAGAAGAUAUUGAAAGCCCUUCAAGUCAAAUAUUCAUGUGAAGAAAAAAAACUGUUGAUGGAUAUCACGUGCUUUCUUGACCCAAGAUUUAAG